AUGCAAAAGGGUGACACCGUCCGCCAGUAUUCCGAUUGGCCAAAGCUACCGCUGAGUCUUGUGCGCACAUAUGCGAAGAACAAUGGGAUAAAGUUCGGCUUCGGCGCGUCUCUUAGUGAGGCUACUGCGGCCAUGAAUAACGAUUCGGCGGGUCGCGAUGCCGCAAAUUCAGAAGUACUUGCCGCCAAAGUGAAGUACGUCGAAGACGUGAAGGAGUUCCGUCGUCUUCACCACGACCUCAGCAAGGAACAAGUCGAAUUCAUCCAGAAGACAUUGUCAAAAUACGAAAAGGCCGACAAAGCGGAGGGACCAAAGGUCACACCGGUGAAGAAAAAGUCAUCCCCGAAGCCUAAGCCACUGUUUGAGACGCCAUUCGCCGCCUUUUGCCAUGGUUAUCGCGAACAGUAUCUCGAGUUGGAUGCUGAGAAGCGCAUCAAGAAGCUAUCGAAGAAAUUCAAGAAGCUGGGCGAUGCGGAGCUGGAAGUUUAUCAGCGACUAGCCGAA